AUGCCACUUACAGGCGCCCGACUGCUCGUGGCAGCCACUCUCUUCUUCCAAACCGUCAUCCCAUCCCCAAUUCUCAACGACGAUCAAAGAGUUCUCGGCACGAAUUCAUUCGCGACACCGCAAAACGCGCAACAGCCGAGCAGGAAGCUAAAUGGGAAAUUUCUUCACAUAACAGAUUUUCAUCCUGAUGAAUUCUACAAGCCCCAUUCUUCCACCGCCGAGGGCGUCGCAUGCCAUCGCAAGCAGGGCCCAGCGGGCACCUACGGCGCCGAGACUACCGACUGCGACUCGCCCCUGGCUCUCGUGGACGCGACUUUGGACUGGAUACGCGCCCAUGUAAAGGAUGACGUCGACUUUGUUGUAUGGACUGGCGAUACUGCGCGUCACGACAGCGACGAGAAGCUUCCUCGAAACUCUGGCCACGUGCUGGGAACGAAUCGACAGGUAGCCCAGAAGAUCAUUGACACCUUUUCCGACAAUGGCCAGCUCGACAUCCCCGUCAUCCCAACCUUUGGCAACAAUGACUUCCUCCCGCACAACAUCUUCUACCCCGGCCCCAACAAGUGGCUCAAGGCCUACAGCGAGAUAUGGCAUCGUUUCAUCCCCGAGGAGCAGCGCCACUCGUUUGCCUUUGGCGGCUGGUUUGAGGUCGAGGUUAUCCCGAACAAGCUCUCCGUCAUCAGUCUGAACACCAUGUACUUUUUUGAUCGCAACGCUGGUGUCGAUGGCUGUGCCGAUACAUCCGAACCUGGCUUCAAGCAUCUCGAAUGGCUGAGCGUUCAACUGCAGCGCCUGCGCGAGCGCGGUAUGAAGGCCAUCCUGAUCGGCCACGUCCCACCUGCGAGGACCGAGAAUAAGCAGAACUGGGACGAGACGUGCUGGCAAAAGUACACUCUAUGGCUAAAGCAGUUCCGCGAUGUCGUGACCGGCUCCGUCUAUGGUCAUAUGAACAUCGAUCACUUCCUAUUCCAAGACACCAAUGACAUUGAUCUGAGCCUUUACGACCAGGCUAUCGAGCGCGAGCCCAUCCAGGACGACUUUGCUACCGAAUCGAAGAGUGACUACCUCGUUGAGCUCAGAGAUUCAUGGACCGACUUGCCUAAUGUGGCGAUCAGGGACUUGGAAGCGGAUGCCGAAGAUGACGAGUCUGACGCCCAGGAUGAUGAAGUGGAUGAUCUUAGAAAGAAAAAGAAGGGAAAGAAAGGCAAGAAGAAGAAGGGCCUCAAGAAGAUUGGCGGCAAAUACGGCGAGCGAUACCAGCUUUCUCUGGUCAGCCCCAGCGUGGUUCCCAACUACUUCCCCACCAUCCGUGUCAUCGAGUACAACAUCAGCGGUCUGGAGAACACCCCGGUUUGGUCCGAUGCCUUUGACGUGAACGCAAAGGUGCCUGAGCAGAUCACUGAAAUCCCGGAAUUCGAUAAGCCCGAGGACGAGGGCCGACAAGAACUCAAGAGAGACCUUGAAGCUGAGCGAAAGAAGAAGAAGAAGAAGAAGGGCAGGAAGGGAAAGAAGAAGCCCAAGAACCCCCAACUCGUGGUUCCAGAUGAUCCGCCCAAGGGAUCGCUCCCUGGCCCUGCGUACUCUAUGCAGCCCUUCACUUUCACCGGAUACACACAGUACUUUGCCAACCUCACCUACAUUAACAAUGACAUGACGGAUCCCGCAGAUGGGUCCAAGUGGCGCGACGGCGACUUUAGCGACGAGGUGCCUAACCACGACACCCCUCAGCCGCGCGAGUUCAACUACGAGGUCGAGUACAGCACUUUUACCGACAAGAUCUUCAAGCUACCUGACUUGACGGUUAGGAGCUACUUGAGGCUGGCGAAAAGAAUCGCAAAGCAAGAGAAGAAGAACAAGGCCAAGCAGGCCGAUGAGGUUGAUGAUGAUUUCGAAGACGACGACGACGACGAUGAUGACGACGAGGAGAAUCCCGACGGCUCUGACUCUGACGUUGACCAGUCAAGGAAGAAGAAGAAGGGGGGAAAGAAGGGCGAAAAGACCACUCGCAAGAAGAGCAACAAGGUCUGGAAGCACUUCCUCCAGGAGGCCUUUGUCAACACCAUCCCCGAGAAGCAGCUCAAGAAGUGGUCGCGCAAAUGA